UGCCUAGCCUAUUGUACUGUAUAAAGUAUAAAAUUACAUAUAGGGUGUCCAGUAAAUCACGAAACAACAAAGAAACUUUUUUUUAUUUAUAACUUUAUGCUUGCAUUAUUAAAUAAUCUUAUGUGACAAAAUGUAAUGCACCGCGAUAUUUUUUUAAUCAUGACGAGAACGAAACAAGCUGAAAAUGUGGGAACAUGAAACUACAAACUUUUCUUGUCUAUGUAUUGAUCAAGCUGGCUAGUUUUUAGUGUAGACUCUUAGUGUAGGACAAGAAGCUGUCAAAAAAAACUCCUCAGGCGACUACAAGUUCCAAUUUAGCGCAUCGGUGACGGCGACAUCGUCAUGACGAUCUGCGAAAGACCGAACUUUCUGGCUCAUUCCGUUGAGAAUUGAUAAACAUUUUAUGAGAGCUUUGAAAAUGCACAGCUGGUGAUUUUAAACUCUAUCGAGUUCGGGGUAUUUACAUGAGCGAAGUCCAAUGGCAGCAUUAGUUUUUAGUUUCAAUAUGACUAUUAGUUGCUAGGUAAAGAUUUUUCUGUCUCAGUCUAACCAAGGCUUCCAGUGUAUGAUAAGGUAUUUUCGAGAUUUGUUCAUCUCUUGUCGGUUUAUUUCAGAACUAAAGACUAGUUCUGCCAUUCGGCUCUGCUCAGUUAAAUGGCCUAAACUUUGAUAGAGUUGAAAAUGACCAGUUGACCAGUUUCAAUUUCGUAGAGUUUUAUAUCCCUACACUUCUGUUUCCAGUGGUGAAAACCGCAGAUUUCGUGAAUGUUUUGCUUUGGAAAUAAUUCAAAAAUAUCGGUGUAUACUUAGUCGACGGCUUAUAUGAUAUGGCUGAUUUGCAUUAUAACUUGUUCAUGUAAAGCGAAAAUAUAAUAUUUUUCUUAAAUUGACUGAAGUUUUUCACUAAACCGACCAGACAGUUUAAAAAAAACAAGUUCCGACUUUUAUUAUUGUGAAUAAUUUUAUUUAGAUCAACCCGGUGAACAGGAAUAUUUUUCGAAUAUAGAUGUGAUAGAAGGUGAUGAAAUAAUGAAUAUAGAUGAUGAUCAAUUGUUAAAUAUUGAAGCAAAUGAAAAAGAUAAUGGUGAUGAAGAUUUUAUUGAUUAUAUGAUCAACAACAGUUUGAUUACUGACAACUGGAAUUUGGAUAUAUCCAGUAAUGAUGAUGCUGAACUAAUAGAUAAAAAGGAAAUUUAUAUUUUGAUGAAAAAAUGUCGUUCAUUCAUUAGUAUGAUUAAUAAGUCAAGUAUAUUAAAAGGCUAUUUUGAUCAAUUACGUGCUACGUUAGAUAAAAAACGUAGUCUAGCUGAUGACUGCGAAACUAGAUGGAAUAGUACUUUUUAUCUUAUCGAUUCGUUUAUUGAUUUGAAAAUUUUAAUAGUAAAAUUUUUUCGUGAUAAAAAUCUAAUGGAUGUACGACGUGCUUUAAUUAACAAAAUGAUUUCUAUUGAGUUACAGCACGAUGAUUGGGUACUUCUAGCCAACAUUCAUAUGGUUCUGAAACCGUUUGAUUGA